AUGUCCGAAUCCACCUUCCACACCACCCGCGAAGAUCUCCGCAAGGCUGAAUCCCAAGUCUCGAAAAAGAACAACGGCAGUGUUCCCGCAGACUCUGAAGUAGCUCAGACAAUGUCCAUCGUCGACCAAAACUCCAAACCCAAAUCCGAAAUCAUCGCCGAGCGUCAGUCCAACCUGCCCCUCCCCGACGACCCUCCCGUGGCCUCGGACUGGAACUCGAGCGACGCCAGCAAAGUGAACGUCGGGUCCGGUGGCGUGGAGAGUGACGUCUCGUACGGAGGGGACAUUCGAGAGCCGGCGACGAGCGACAGCAGCGCGAGGACUGACGGGGAGACGUUCGGUAAGAAUUCGAGUCUGCCUCAAGGUGUGGGGAGGGAAGGACAUGAUGGGUUGGAUGGGCUGCCGAAGGAUGCGUUGAAGAAGUAG